AACUUCAAUGUACUUACCGUUGCGGGGUAAUGUUGAGAAAAUAAAUUUAUAAGCGAAUGAAAACAUAUGGUUUUUGACAACUGCUAUGCCCAGCUUCACACGCUAUUAGUGAAUCGCACGUGUAACCGGAAUAUUUUUUUAUAGCAGCGCAAGAAGUUAAAAACAUUAAAUAUGGCGAAAAAUAAAAUAAAAUUAGGAAAGGAGCUGUAUAAUGAUGAUGCAGAGGACUCCAUGAUUGAAAAUGGCACCAGUGAUGAGGAUUCGAAUCAAAAUCUGUCUGAUAUUGGAGAUAAUGACAAUGAUAAUGGUUCCCCGGAACAGAACGAAGGCAGUAAACCAUCUGAAAAGAUUCCGAAAAAUGCGCGAAAGAACUCAACGCCACAUGACAAGUCAAAAGUUGCCCUCAACACAUAUGGUAGUAAUGCUAGCCAAGUAAAGUUAAAAAAACCAAAUGGUGAAAAAGUGAAACCACCAACGCUUGAGGAAAUUAAUCAGCUGAAAGAAACACGUAAUCUAUUCCAUUCGAAUCUGUUUAGGCUACAAGUAAAGGAAAUGUUAGCGGAAGUAAAAAUUAAGGACAAGUACACCAACUAUGUCAAUAAUUGGCUGGAACGUUUUAAGCAGUUUCUAAACGAACUACAAAAUCAAUCGGAGAAAGAGGAUAUGAACAAUCAGGAGUGGUUGAAGAAAUGUCAAAUUAAAUUUCCUAUUUCGCUGCAUAAUUUGCAUGUGGAACAACAAAAAGUCUUUCAAUUUCAAUUCAUCAAACCUAAAGUAUCGCCAUACCUUAUAGGUGCAGCCGCUACGCACUCAUUACUCGGUCCCAAAUUAAAUGCUGAUAUCAGUAUUCUAAUGCCGGAAGAGUGUUUUCAGAAAGAGAAUUAUCUUAAUUUAAUAUAUGACCAAAAGCGUGCAUAUUAUUUAACUUACAUUGCAAAUAAAUUGCUCAACAGUCGCGUAUUCGGUAACGAACUAACAACAAAUAAAAUGAAAUUUAAUUACUAUAAUAACAAUCCACUUAAACCGAUAUUGGAAAUCACGCCCACACCAUUAACCGAUGACAAUGUGAAAAUAAAUAUUGCAAAUAAGCUUAGUAUCCGCCUAUUUGUAACAGUGGAAGAGAGCGCUUUCAAGCUAAACCGUUUCGUACCAUGGAAUAAUAAUGUGCGCGCCAGCAUUUUCAGUGAUGAUACUGAAGAAUCCAUUCCACUGGCUACGCCAAACUACAAUGCUGGAGUAUUAUUCGAUCUCACUAUGCAGAGAAAUCAACAAUUACUGCAUGGCAUUUUUGAUGAGCGCAAGAAUUUUCAAGAAGGCUUAGUUUUGCUGAAGGUUUGGUUACGGCAGCGUGAAUUCGAUGUGGGUUUCAAUGGAUUUUCAUCACAUUUGCUAGCCAUGUUUAUAGCGUAUCUUUACAAACAACGCAAAUUACAUAUGAACAUGAGCAGCUACCAGGUGGCACGUACAGUUUGGAAUCAAUUAGCAUACAGUGCUUGGGAUGAGGAUGGCAAAGGUAUUUCGCUGUCCGAUAACUCGACAGAUCUUGCCAACCAACCUACUUUGGAGCAAUUCCAUACAUACUACGACGUGGUCUUCGUAGAUGUUACCGGCUUUUUUAACAUCGCCGCAAAUCUAAGUUCAGAGAUUUAUCGUCGUGUGCGUCUAGAAGCUAAAUUAGCGGUUGAAAUGUUAAACGACAUGAAAAUAAAUAGCUUUCACAUGCUGUUUAUGACGAAAAUUCCACUCUACAGCCAGUUCGACAAUAUACUCAAAAUAAACAAAAAGGAUAUUGUCGAGCAAAUCUUAGAAAUGCAUGUCAAACCUGCGGAUAAGUACAAUUUCGCUGGCUACGCAUAUCCUGUACUGUUGAAGGUCGUAGUUGGCCUCCUUAGUAAAGGACUCGGUGAACGUGUACGCGCUUUACUACCGAUCGAAAAGGCAGUUGAUGCUUGGAGUUGCACAAAAACCCCGCCUGAUUGCGCGCGUUACUGUCAUCUCGGCCUUAUCCUGAAUCCUGAGAAAGCGUUUGAAGUCUUGGACAAAGGCCCCGAAACCAUAGCUGAAGGUGCUAACGAAUUUCGCAAAUUUUGGGGUGACAAAGCGCAAUUACGACGCUUUCAAGACGGUAGUAUUACCGAAUCGGUGGUGUGGGCUGCAACUAGCGACAAUCUGUGGAAGCGACGUUUGGUUGUACGUUCAAUCGUUACUCAUCUAUUACAACAUCAUUUUCAAUUAGAAAAUACAGAUUUCGAAUAUAUUGCUGGUGAAUUAGAUAUUUCCUACCGUUUGACACCGAUUUUCCGUACGGAUAAAAUGCCUGAAAAGUAUAAGGUAGACCAAGAUGUCGAUGCAGAGGACACUUCACUCAAUGUAAUACGUUGUUUUGACGAUUUGGCACGCAAACUACAUGCGUUGAAUGAACUUCCGCUCGAAAUUGUCUCCAUUGCUGGCAUAUCGCCCGUUUUUCGUUACAGUGAACCUGUGCCAAUUCUACCACAAGCGCGCAUGAUUGGUGAACAAAUGUAUACUAUGCAAGUUCAACGUGGUGUUAUACAAUUAGGUCAGAGUGGUAAAUGGCCUAGUGAGUUAGGUGCCUUACGUGCACUCAAAAUGGCUUUUUACAUACAAAUAGCUGAUUUGUUGCGCGAAAAAUAUAAACUUAAAACUAAAGUAACUUACGAUGGCCUUUUAGUACUUAAACAGGGCUAUUGUUUUGCUAUCGAAAUGGCACAUCCCAAAGAGGUGGCACUAUUGAAGAAGGAGAAAAGUGAACGAGGAUUAACACAGUAUGUGGAUUGUGAGGCCAGCGUUGCCUUAGAGAAACGACAUUAUAUUCUGCCUAAAGUGACGGGUGCGCUACAUGCCUUAUAUCAGUUACAUAACAGUUUCGGCGGCACAGUAAUGAUCGCCAAACGUUGGCUGUGUACACAAUUCCUAGAUGAUGGUCUCUGGCCAGAAGUAUGUACUGAAUUGUUAAUUGCCGCACAAUUUCUAAGAACACCUGCACAAAAAAAUCCCAGUUCGCCCCAAACUGGUUUCAUAAGAUUUCUGCAAUUGCUGGCGGCCACUGAUUGGCGCAACGACUUGUUCUUAUUGAACUUUAAUAAUGCAAUGGAUGAAAAUGCUGUAGCUGAUUUGGAGCAUCGCUUUAGCACAGAACGUGAUACAUUCCCGCCACUUUGUAUAGCUACCUCGUUCGAUCAAAAUCAUUUAGGUAAUUUGUGGACUUCAGCGUGUAAACCGAACAUAAAUGUACUGGCCCGUGUUACGCUAUUGGCGCGACAUGCUUUGGAUAUAAUUGAAAGCGCGUUGCUCUCAACUAAACCUUUUAUAAAACCUGGCCAAAUUUUCAUAGCGCCUAAUAACGGUUACGAUUUCGUAAUCCAAUUGAAACCAGAUUUGGUGUCUAACUCAUGGGCGCAUGAGUUCGGUUCAUCAUUUACGGUGCGUACGAGACCAAAUUGGCGCCUGCCCUUAGCAGAUAGCAAUUUUUUGCAAAACACCAUGGAAAAGCUUCGGGAGGCAUAUUCGGAAUUCGCCGCUUUCUUCUACAAUCCCCAUGGUGGCAAGGAAAUAGCGGUAAUCUGGAAGCCUGAUAUAUCUAUCGAAAGAGAUUUCAAAGUGAACGAAAUGAAUGGUUGUGCAUUAAGCAGUGAAAAUAGUAGCAAAGUCUUUGUUAAAAAAGAAAUCCUAAUUGAGGAUUUGAAAUUUAUACUAAAAGAUAUGUAUCUAAGGAUCGGUACAGUUGACGAAGUGUUGACUGCUUCACGUAGUACGCUGCCUACCAUUAGUGAGAAAACUAACACAACUAGCACUGAGCAUUUUCAGCACAAAAAAGGAGAGAAACGCUACUUUUCCAAUUCCCAGGCGGAGGGGUCCAUUAUAGAAGUAGUGACCAAAAAGUUGAAAAAACUAUCGAAAGAUAUGGAGAAGAAUGUUAAAAAAAAUGUAUUGAAAAAUAAGUCAGCGAAAAGUUUAAAAAUAAACGGCUUGGCGACAAAGUCGAAGAUCAACAAAAAAGGAAAGACAAAAAUAUUGAAAACGAAAAAGUCGUUAAUUUCCGUUGUUGCGACAAUCAAAAAACAUUAAAUUUUUUUUAAAUUAAAUAUUACCCAAACAGUAGAAACAUAAAGUAAAUAAAAUUUCCAACAAAAGAUAAAAAAAAAUAUUUAACAGUUACAUAAAUGAGAUCGUACGACGAAACAAACCACGCCAACAGUUUUCAUUUAAUUAUUCACAAAUCUGAUUCAACGACAUUAAAGUCGAAACUGUGUCAUUUUACGUUGUUUCGCCUGUUGACGUGCGCAUAAACAAGUAGCCGAACGUGUGGUGAUAGGAGCUUGCGUAUUCGAUGAUAAGCUGACGUCAAUAUCCAUGGUGUUGCAACCGCGUGUGCAACAAUGACUUUUCGUAGAGGGUGUUUGGGGAACGCACUGGGUUCGCGCAAUCUCCGUGGUCGAUGUGGCCAAAGUAUGAUGCAGUGGAUGCUAAAAAAUUAAGUAAAUAAAUAGUUUAGUCUGCUUAUACAAAAAAUUAUAUAAAAUAUAAUAAAAGAUCAUUCUAAAGAACAAAUCCUACCAUGGAUGCUUGUGUCGGCAUCGUGUCGCAAGCCUUCGACCAAUCCAACUGUUGCUGUAGCGUUGCUGCAACCGGUGUAUAGCCUGCACUUUGUAUACAUUGUGGCCGGUUGUAUGCCAGUAAAUCGGGCAUUGUCAAUGCCAUUUGUGUAGCCUGUUGUUGCUGUUGCUGCUGCUGCAUUGCUGCAGUUAUAUUGCAAGCACGUGUGACUAGAUCCGACAAUAUUCCUAUAUUCAAUGGAUUAAUAGACGCAUUCUGCUGAAAUUGUGUUGGCUGACGGAUACAGGACAGCAAAGCAUCACGCCCAUUUACAUAGGAGUCCGUGGUAUCCAUUGGUAUUACUUCGCCUGAGUUUAAUUAUGGGAACAUAAUUAGCCGCAUCGCAAUUAUUAGUUAUAAAAAAAAUAAAAUAAAUAUAAACGUUCUAUAAUUUUUAAUGCCGAGCCUUUGAGGUUUUGGUUCAAAGGUUAGUAUCUAAAAAACAUGCCUCUAAUUUUUUUUUUAUUCAUAUCUAUCGGUAGGAACAUACUGUUCAUUUCGGCAAAACGCAACGAAAUAUUUGUAUAUUGUUGUUGUAACAAUAUUUUGACCCAAAUUGAAUGGUACCUUUACCAUUCAUCUUGCUGCUAGUCUGAAUCUCAGAAAAUUUCAAUGGGAUGGCUCCCUCAAGCUUCUAGUAUCAUAUAAGUUAAUUAUUUGUCAGCCAUUAGUAACUGAUACAACAAAGUUUAAAUAUUCGCUAAUUGCUUUUUAGCAAUAUUGCUGAAAUAACGGACAUUGGCAGAAUAUAAAGCAGCGGAUCGGUGUUAAUAAGUACAUGUCAGAACAAGAUUUGGCAUCACUUUCUAUAUGUUGAGAUGAGCCAAAGAGAAAUGCAAAAUAAAACCAAAACGAAAAAUA